CGCCACUGACACAGUUGUCCACCUCUGCCCGCUCCCAGCAGGCAGGCAGACCCGCCAGGACCUAGACAUAGGAGCAGCAUGGCCACGAACUGCAGCAAGUGUGGGCCCGGCUACUCUAGCCCCCUGGAGGCCAUGAAAGGACCCCGGGAGGAGCUUGUCUACCUGCCCUGUAUUUACCGAAACACGGGCAUUGAAGCUCCGGACUAUCUGGCCACAGUGGAUGUUGACCCCAAGUCUCCCCAGUACAGCCAGGUCAUCCACCGGCUGCCCAUGCCCAACCUGAAGGACGAGCUGCAUCACUCGGGCUGGAAUACGUGCAGCAGCUGCUUCGGGGACAGCACCAAGUCGCGCACCAAGCUGGUGUUGCCUGCCCUCAUGUCCUCCCGCAUCUACAUAGUCGAUGUGGCCUCCGAGCCCCGGGCCCCGAAGCUGCACAAGGUCGUCGAGCCCAAGGACAUCUAUGCCAAGUGUGACCUGGGCUAUCUACACACGAGCCACUGUCUGGCCAGUGGCGAGUUGAUGAUCAGCUCCCUGGGAGACCCCAAGGGCAAUGCCAAAGGGGGUUUCGUGCUGCUGGAUGGAGAGACAUUUGAGGUGAAGGGGAAUUGGGAGAAGCCUGGGGCUGCUGCGCCGAUGGGCUAUGACUUCUGGUACCAGCCUCGACACAAUGUCAUGAUCAGCACCGAAUGGGCAGCACCCAAUGUCCUGCGGGACGGCUUCAACCCCGCUGAUGUGGAGGCUGGGCUGUACGGGACGCACUUACACGUGUGGGACUGGCAGCGCCAUGAGAUUGUGCAGACCCUGACGCUGCAGGAUGGGCUCAUCCCGCUGGAGAUCCGCUUCCUGCACAACCCAGACGCUGCCCAGGGCUUCGUGGGUUGCGCCCUCAGCUCCAACAUCCAUCGCUUCUACAAGAAUGAGGCAGGUACUUGGUCGGUAGAGAAGGUGAUCCAAGUGGCCCCCAAGAAAGUGAAGGGCUGGAUGCUGCCCGAGAUGCCCGGCCUGAUCACUGACAUCCUGGUGUCCCUGGACGACCGCUUCCUGUACUUCAGCAACUGGGCUCAAGGGGAUCUGCGGCAGUAUGACAUCUCUGACCCGAAGAGGCCCCGCUUAACCGGACAGGUGUUCUUGGGGGGCAGUAUUGUUAAGGGAGGCCCUGUGCAAGUGCUGGAGGACCAGGAGCUGGAAUCCCAGCCAGAGCCCCUGGUGGUCAAGGGGAAGCACGUGGCUGGAGGUCCUCAGAUGAUCCAGCUUAGCCUAGACGGGAAGCGCCUCUACGUCACCACGUCGCUGUACAGUGCCUGGGACAAGCAGUUUUACCCUGAUAUGAUCAGGGGCGGCUCCGUGAUGCUGCAAAUUGAUGUAGACACAGUAAAGGGAGGCCUGAAAUUGAACCCCAACUUCCUGGUAGACUUUGGGAAGGAGCCUCAUGGCCCAGCCCUGGCCCACGAGCUCCGCUACCCUGGGGGAGACUGCAGCUCUGACAUCUGGAUCUGAAGUCCACCCUUCAUUGCCUGUCACACGUUCCGAGCCUUCUCUUCCACGCCUCUGCAGGGACCUGGCCUCACUCAGCUCUCUCUUGGCCUCCAACCCUUCAUAGCUUGUCCUAGCAAAGCCAAGGUGAGGCUGUUCUAGCAUAUUGAGAAGUGUCUCCUUUUACCAAGCCCUGCUGUGUGUCAUUCACUGUACGGUGUCACUCACAUGAGCUUUGGAAGCACCAAGAAAUAAACAGUGAACCUGGGCCUCCGAUCCUUUGGCUUUGGGGACAUGGAGGCUGUGACUCCACCUCAGCCGGCCCCUUGUGUCUUGCAUGGGAAAGGGCUGAGGAGGGCUCCGGGGAGGUUGUGGUGACUAGUUCCCGCUAGUGAUUGCAACAUGAUGGUAAUGUUGCCAAAAUCUCACUUUUAUGGCCAAAUAUACCCAGAAGGCUUUGCCUUUCAGAAAGCUAGGCUGGCUUGAAACCAUUAUGCUGAAUGAAAUAAAUCAAUCACAAAGAGAUAAAUAUUAUAUGAUUCCACUUAUGUGAAAUACCUAGGAUAGGCAA